UGGUCGAAGAUGUCCAUAAAUUGUCGUGGACGCGCAGAAUCCCAGGCAAGAACACCAUCCAUUUCGCUGACACACCACCAUCAUUCACCAUGGCGGAGCGCGUGGUUCCCAGCAGUCCCUGGGCACACAUGGCCCAAGGAGAUCCAUCUCGUGUGCAUGAGGUCGGUGGUAUGGUGGCCAACGCACGGACUCUCAUCCAUUCCGAGAGGCCGAUAGCAGCACUGGAACUGCUGACGGAUGCAUUGCGCAUCAUGGGUGGGGAGAAGCUCAUCUUCGAAACACUUGCGGAGGCACGACACAACUACUGGCAGGGCCGUGCGCCCGCAGAUGACUCCCUCGCAGGGCUCUUGCAAGCUUGCUCCCUUGGCGGUAUCCAGGCGCCAGUCCAGGCGCCAGUCCAAUUACAGCACCACCAUUGCUCCCACCAACGACAAAGGCAGCAAGGGCCUCCCUCGCCGCCCCCUGUUGCGUUGGAGCAAGCAACCGUCGAUGACAGCAUGCUUGCGAGCCAGGGCCGGGAGAGCGUCCUCGUAUCUGCUGCGCACCACGCCUCCAGCCAUGUGUGUGAGCAUUGUGGAAGUGUGCUGAGUGCGUCGCGGAUUGAGCAGCACGUCAAGUACUGGUGCCCUGUCCUGCACACCAACGAUAGCGACAGCGGUGGCGAUGCUGCUGAAGGCGUCAACGGCAACGACCCCAUGGCGAUGGAGCCAGACACCACCACCGACCAUCACCAUCACCACCACCACCACCACUAG